AUGUUAUUGCGCGUUACACAUUGGGUUAGUAGGAAUUCGAUUUUAUCAAAAUUAUCUUCUUCAUCUCCAUCUCCAUCAUCACAUUUAACUAGACAUCGACAAACAUUUUUUUUUGAUAGAGUGCUAGCGAGUAGCAGUAACGAUGACAAUUCUUUUAUAAAUGAUAAAAUACAGAUCCCAGAAAAAAAUUGCGUUCAUGUAGGCUUUUCGGUUAGAUCAGUAGAAAAAGUAGAAGAGGAAAAUGAUUUAGCAGAUAUUUCAAAAUUAUGUCGAUUACUUGAUAAACUGUUUGGAAUAUUUUGGGAUAGAUUUGAUGAUGAAUCAUUUUAUGGAGCAAGAUUAUUAUUUGAACAACAGCAUCAAAAAUUUAAAUUUAUAGAAACACUGUUAACAGUUCCAAAUGAUCGUGUACCUCCUGCAUUAAAUUAUUCUUUCAAUUCUGUUCUGUCAUCAAAUCAAACAUUUCAUACUAAUUUCCAUACCACUGUCAAGGGUAACAAUGAUGAAAUAAAAGGAAUGGAAGAUGAAGAAACUUGUAAAUUAUUAUUUAUUCAUAUCAUACCAAAUACUUUUAUUGUUGAUAAAUAUCAAUUAGAUGACUCAAAUGACAUAAAUGAUAAUAAAAGGAUUGAAAUAUUUGGUGAAAUGAAUCUAGAAAGUCCAGUUGGUGAUAAAUCAUUAAGAUGGGGCAACGUUGCAAUUAUUAGUCAGAAGAUGAUGAUAAAUGUUAGUAUUCCAUGGCCUUUGGUAGUUUGUUUAUGUGAUGAAAAAUCAAAUAAUAACAAGAAUAACGAUAAGAACAAUAAUAUUGACAAACCAGAUCCGUUAUUUUCCCAAACACCAUUACCAUUAUCACUUUUUUAUAAUAAUAAAAGAAAACAAAUUAAAUAUAUUCUACCCAUGCAACAAAACCAUUGGCCAAUAGAAUUAGUUAAAGUGCCAAUUGGUCAAUUGAAUCAUUUAAAGAUUGUUGAACUAUGGACAAUAUUGGUUGUUCUAAUUGGAAGUUUUUGGAUUUUUUGGAUUGUUUCAAAAAAAAUUGUUGCUAAAAACGCGCAAGAUAAAAAUAAAAUUGAUUAA